GGAAAUGGAGAUGAAUUGAGAGCCUGAGCCCUUUGGUCCGCCUGAGCCGCCCUGGACCCUGGUAUGCAUCUGCUGGGCCCCGCACCAGUUGAAUAAAUAAAAUUCCACGGUGACGACAGUACUCCUCCUGUAGUUAGAAUUAGAUAAUAGAGGGAAGUGUUCAGGGGCAACUGGGUUCAUUCAUCUGCAAAGAAUUCAAGAUGAUGAUGCCCAUACACGGAAGUGUUGAUGAUGCCCAUACAAUCCUUGGAGUUGAGGAGGACUAUUUCCCUCCCGAUUUCAAGGAAUACAUACGAAAGGAACGACUCUAUUGGUCGCGAUUUGUAGAAGAUCAAGAUUAUUUUUACCACCGUCCGACUUUUGGCUGGGUUUUCUGGAGCCAACUCGAUAAUUUUGCGGACUUAAUCAGAAAUGCUCUCCAAAAAUUGAUAUCCAAGGAUGAACUUCGUUUGCACCUAGUUCAAUUUUGGGCACCCACAAAAACGUCCGAGGGGCGGACUUUGCUUACAACUCAAUUCCAACCUUUUGCUCUUGGUAAAACAUCAUAUGCUCCUGGUAAAACAUCAUAUGCCCCGGGUGCGAGAAAUAGUCUUUGUGAGUAUAGGAUGGGGAUGUGUAGGGAGUAUAACUCCUUCUACGCAGAUGCAGAGUGUGCAGAAGAACAACUUGGGCUUCCUGGCCGUGUCUUCCUCAAUCAACACCCCGAAUCCACUCCAGAUGCGAGGCAUUACACUCUCAAAGAGUAUCCACAGCGCGACCUUGCUUUACAUUGCGGGAUUGGAUCAUCUUGGGCUGAGCCAGUGUUCCACCAUUUCAGCCACACCUGUGUUGGUGUACUUGAGAUUGUGUCUCCGCGCUCCAUGGUUCGAGAUUGGCAUGACAAAUCUUUCCUCGGCGAAAUGUAUGACAUUUUUCAGGAGUUUGGUCUGCAAUGUUUUGUUGGAUAUAACCACUACGAAAUGGAAGAGUUUGGUUUGCUAUGUUUUGAUGGAUAUAAACACUACGAAAUGCAAAUCGGGGAUGAAAAUAAAGCACGCACAACUGCCUUCCAGGAACUCAAGACGGUGUUGGAAACGGUGUGCAGAAUUCAUAAGCUACCCUUGGCUAUGACAUGGGUCCCUUGCAGUGCUUGCAACUAUUUACUGCGAGGGCAACUCCGGUCCAAGGGUGUGGAAGUUAUUGGGCGCAGCAACUACCACAAAGCCUCGCUCAUAGAAGUCAGUAAAUGCAGUCACUUAAGAACGGGAGUGGUUGCCGGGAUGGUACUUUCAUCUUCUAACAUAUUAUACUGCUCGGAUAUAACCCAACUCAACUUAGUUGAGUACCCCUUGGUACCCUAUGCACGAGAUUGCAAAUUCCGUGGUUGGUUCACAAUAUGCUUGCAGAGCAGUGACACUGCAAAUGACAUUCAUGUACUAGAGUUUUUUUUGCCCAGCACUAAAAAAUCAUGGACCUCAUUGAGCUUGAUAUUGGGAACAAUGGAGGAAAAUUUCAGAACUUUUAAGCUUGCUUCUGGGCAAGAACUGGGGGAUUUAUUAUCAGUUGAAGUUAUGGAUUUUCAGAAGGGUCUAAAACUUCAUUCUCGUGAAAAGAUCCAAGCUAAGGGUGGAGGAGUGCGGUUGCAGCUACGUCAAUUGGAUCAGGCAUCAACGGGUGCCAUACCCGGUGGAAUGAAUGUCGUCUUUAGUGAAGAUCAAAACAUACCUCGUCUUGAAGCCAUGCAGAAUGGAGAAGUGACGCUGCAACUAGAUUCAUCUCAUCAGCCCCCAUUGGAUCCUCCAAACAAUGGACAGCAUGUCGUCAUUGCAGAACGAAACAUCAGUACAGUUACUAGCUUAGAAGAACGCAAAAGAAAGACGCAAAGGGUUGAUAAGGGAACUGGAGUUAGAAUUGAAGUUUCUUUAGAGGAUAUCCUUAAAUGUGAGAAAAUGAGUCGUGCAGAUGCUGCAGAAACACUCCAAGUUAGCGUAUCGACAUUGAAGCGUGUAUGUAGGGGUUAUGGUAUGGAUCGGUGGGCACCUCACAACAUUGAAAAGUUGCGUUCCUUUUGGCCCUCGCCUGUUGAGAAUGAGGGACAAACCCGACAACGUCUAAAUUCUGGUUUGCCUUCGAAUCAAGGCUUGGAUUGUGUUGCUCACACUAAGCCAGCAUUCCAUGAUUUGCCUUCGAAUCAAGCCUCGGAUAGUGUUGCUCACACAAAGCCAGCAUUCCAAGAUGCGGAUAUAGUGACAAUUAAGGCGAAAUAUGAAAAUAAUACGAUAAAGUUUCAGCUGUCUUUGCCAUCUAAAUUAGUAGCACUUCAGCAAGAAGUGGCUAAAAGACUGAACCUGGAAGCUGGAACUUACUACAUCAGGUAUGAAGAUGAGGAAAAUGAGUUGAUUUUAAUAGCUUGCGACCAGGACUUACAAGAUUGUAUACACACUUUCAAAUCAUUGGGCAAAACUUCGGUUGUGGUGCAGCUUGAGCCCAAAUAGCUCAGUAUCCAUCGACCUUCUUGUAGUUUUUGACAUCGUUUGUUUUAAUUCGUGUGAUUUUCAAGUGCUUUUUUUAAUGGUAAUAAUACUGCUGCCCCAGUGAAAAGAUCAGCCCUUGGUGCUCUGUUUUGUUCAUUCAAGUCUGUAGUAGGAUGCGAGGAAUUUUGACUUCCAACGCUUUCAUUCCU